GAGACCGAGAGUGGUUUGUAGAAUCUACCACCAUCCGUCCGUGGAUGUGAGAAAGUGAUCAUCUGUUCUGUCGGUUCAUUUUGAUUAUCUAUCUCAUCUUUCACCUUCUUUGCUUCUUUCGUAUUGAUGACUGUCGUCUGUCGCACACCGCUCUGUUGCCUAUUUGCCUUCUCAUUUGUAAUUUUCUAUCAGAACAGUUGCUCUUGGACUCUUUUCAUUUCAUACUUUGAUAAGAAGCUGUGAACUCCAACGUCUUUCAAGUUACAAAAGUCGUGAAACUUAUUAUACAACAAUCAUGUUCUCUCGAAUUCUACCUUAUAAAAAUGUCACCGAAUUCAGUCAUCUUGUGAAACAAUUCUCCACGUCCAACCAGAGGAAUGUCAAGGUGGCAGUGUGUGGAGCGAGCGGAGGCAUUGGCCAGCCUCUCAGUUUACUUCUGAAGCAGUCGCCUCUAGUCACCAAAUUGUCCCUGUUCGACAUUGUCCACACUCCAGGAGUCGCCGCCGAUUUGAGCCACAUUGACACAAAGUCUUCCGUUCACGGCUAUGUAGGACCCGAUCAACUCAAGGAAUCAUUGCAAGGAGCGGACGUUAUUAUAAUUCCAGCAGGCGUACCAAGGAAGCCUGGUAUGACAAGAGACGAUCUUUUCAACACGAAUGCUUCAAUUGUGAGAGAUCUUGCCCAGGCUGCUGCUGAGGUAGCGCCUAAAGCUUUGAUUGGUAUCAUUUCAAAUCCAGUUAAUAGCACAGUUCCUAUUGCUUCCGAAGUACUAAAGAAAGCUGGAGUCUAUGAUCCCAAGAGAAUUUUCGGUGUAACGACUCUUGAUAUUGUUCGUGCUAAUAAGUUCGUCUCUGAACUGAAGGGUCUCGAUCCAGUUAAUGUGAACAUUCCCGUUAUUGGUGGACACUCGGGAGUGACAAUUAUCCCUGUUAUUUCCCAAGCAAAGCCUGCCGUUGAUUUCCCAGCUGAUCAGUUGAAGGCGUUGACCGAACGUAUCCAGGAAGCCGGUACUGAAGUAGUGAAGGCUAAGGCUGGAGCAGGAUCAGCCACACUAUCCAUGGCUUUUGCCGGAGCCAGGUUCGCCAUUUCAUUGUGUCGUGCUCUGAAGGGAGAAGCUAAUGUUGUUGAAUGUGCCUAUGUUCGAUCCGAUAUCACUGAUGCUAAAUACUUCUCCACUCCAGUGCUAUUGGGACCCAAUGGUUUGGAAAAGAAUCUAGGAUUUGGUAAAUUGUCCGCCUUUGAAGAAGGUCUUUUGAAAGCGGCCAUUCCAGAGCUGAAGAAGAAUAUUCAAAAGGGAGAGGACUUUGUCAACAAAAAUUGAACUAGCCAAUUUAAGUAAUGCAAUACAAAUUGAACUAGCCAAUUUCAGCAGUUAAAGUGAGACGAAAUAUAUAAUCCACUAUAACCAGCAACAGUAUCCGAAUACCUGUAAAAGUAUGUGUGCAUGUCCCUUAGGUUUCUGUGUAUGUAUGCUAUAUGUAUGAAUCUAUUUACAUUAUAAGAAAGCAAUAAUUUUGCCUUUGAAACUUAGAACAGUUCCAGUAAUACUGUAAAACUAGCUGAUCGUUCUAUCUUAGUGCUAUAUCAGUCAUCAUUGUGUAUUUAUAGCUAAUUUUUGAGAAACAUAUUUAUUACUUACCAGCAAUAUUGUCCACCAUAUUUAUUAAUUCGACUUAUUGCUUUAAAAGCUCUUUGAUACAUGAUUAUUCAUCAAUUUGUGACAUAACCAAGUGAUAAUUACUAAGUGAAUAUUUGCAAAGCAAUAGUACAAUUUAAGAUAGUGUGUAUUUAAAUGUUUUGUUCACUACACGAUUGUUAUAGACUAUUUUUGUUGAUCGAUUAUAUUUUCCUACUAUCAUUGUAUAAAAAUUACAAAAUCUUUCGCCUUUCAA